AUGUUUCAUUUACUUCGAUCGUCAUAUUCGACAUCCCCGUCCUCUAAUACAACAAAAUCAUCCAAUAUUCAACCAUCCACAACUGGUAGCAUGUUGAGGCUUGCUUUUGAAAAUGUAUGGUCUAGUGUUCCGAAAAAGCAUUCUGAAUUGAAGAAAGAGCUUGGGCAAAUCAUUGAAAACAUGAAACGUUUGGAAAAUGUAUCGAGUACUUUAUCAUGCAACGAUUCACUUGAGCAUGACGUGUUGAAAAACAUCAAUGAUUAUUUCAGACCUCUCGAGUAUGCAUGUCAAAAUUGCAAACAACACUCGAAUUUAAUUCGGCAAACAUUGAGUUGUAUUCAAAAGUUAAUGGAGUUAGGAUUAUUGACAUGCACAAGUGUUGUGAAUUCCAAUAAUGACAGCAAAUGCAAAUUCCACCAUCUCUCGGACGUCAGACUCCUUCAAGCAAUAGCGUCAUGUUUUGAGUUACGUCAAGAUGAAAACAUUCAUUUACAAACAUUGAAAACUAUUCUGACUGCAGUCACAUGUUGCAACCUUUCCGGAAAGAGUUUAAUGUUAGGAAUCAAAACGUGCUUAAAUAUCAUGUUUGUUUCAAAGGAUGAAAACAACCCAAAAUCUGUCCUUAAACAAAUUCUCAAUAUUGUGUUCAAGAGACUGAGUGAAGACUCUUUGAUACAUUCGGACUCUGAGUCCGUAGUUUCUAAUUACACUUCGUCCGCAAGCCAUUGUAUUGAAGAGUUUGUUGACAUUAUUAUUGAAGAAGCAGCAAAUGAAAUCAUUGAAAAACAAAACUUGAAUCAAGAGGAAGAAACCAAUGUCGAGCCACUACUAUCAGCGACCUGUAAUAUGACUCCCACCGUGACAAAAAAUACAACUCCAACAGCGUUGGAUCAAAAUGAUUCAACCAAGUUGGAUGAUUGGAAUAUUCCCAAUGAGUAUUCUCAAAUCCAAAAUGAUGUCAUGUUUAUUUUACAUUCUCUAUGUAAAAUGUCUAUGAAAACAUUAUCCAACAAUGCCAAGCUUGAAGAAAAAACAAGAUCCAUUUAUUUGGAAUUAUUAUUGGAUGUUUUUGAAAACAGUGGUCAAUUAUUGACCCACAGUGCUCACGUUUCUCUAUUUGACAAUGUGAAACCAAAUUUAUUUACAUCGUUGCUGAUGAAUUCACUAAGCUCUAGCUAUACAAUAUUUUCUCUUGUGUUAAAAGUUUUUCAUCAAGUACUCAUCACAUUUGGCUACUCUCUCAAACAUGAGAUACAUUUAUUUUUUGCCAAUUUAACCCGAAUGAUGAAUAGUAGUGGUGUCACACAUUCGCAGAAAAUCUCAAUCAUCAAAUUUUUGACUCAUCUAUUUGCUACUCACAACUCUGACUUUAUACAUUGUCUUUUUUUAAAUUUCGAUUGUCAGGUCGGCAUGUUAAAUAUUGUCGAGAGACUUGUUGCUUCCCUUACUAAUGUUACCCAAAUGCAAAUUACAUCAGUGGAAAAUACCUCUGCAGUUACCCUCACUCAAACCAUCUACAUGAAAACCAUUGCAUUUAAAGCAUUGAACCAAAUAUUAACUUGUUUGCAAACAUGUGUGAAAAAUAUGUCUCUCACGUUAAUGCAACAGCAACGCAAACAAUUACACGAUAAACUAGAACAACAAAAACGAGACAAGAGUACCAUUCAUGAAGGGAUUUCUCGAUUCAAUGAGAACCCAAAGAGAGGAAUUAAGUAUUUUAUACAAAUUGAACAAUUACCGGACCCGUCCUUGAAUAAGGACGUUUUUGAAACAGCUUUAGCCCGCCUGUUACAUACUACGCAAGGUUUUUCAAAGCAUGCGAUUGGUGAGUAUUUUGCAUCUCCUGACCAUGUAGGAGCUUUGAUCAAGUUCAUUGAAUUGCAAUCCUUUUCUGGAAUGUUGUUUGAGAAGGCUCUCAGAAAAUGUCUUGACCUGUUCAUGCUGCCAAAAGAAAGUCAGGAAAUUCACCGAGUCCUAUCAGCUUUUUCUGAUAAGUAUGUUCACGAUAAUCCUCAAAUCAUCGAUGAAAUGUUUCACACUCCCGAUGCUUGCUAUGUAUUUACUAUAUCCGUUGUAAUGCUCAAUUCUGAACUACACAAUGCGGCUGUGAAAAAUAUUCACAACACCACCCUCGAGUCCUUUAUUCAACGAAAUUCGUUAACAGAUGCUGCAAGUAUAGAUCACAAAAUACAGGAACGUGUUUUCAAUGACUUGAAAGCACAUGAAUUUACACUCACAGAAGAUGACAUGUCCGUUUUUGAUUCUCUAAAAGAUGAUAUCAGUGUAGGAAAUGGUAAUAUUGAGAAAGUCAUGAGAGGGAUUUUGAAAUCAAAAUGCUGUUCAAUGGAAGAAGACACUUUGAUUCAGAUUGAAUCGUCAUCAUUCACUCAAAUUUGUGUCUCACAAGCUCUUUUCAAUUGUAUUUGGAAAUAUUUCCAUCAGUCAUUCAUUUCUCUAUUUGAAACAAAUCUGAAAACUCAUCAUUUGGUGUUGAAGUCAUUGAAAGCUGCAAUUCAACUAUCAAUUGACCUUGAAGCUCCAAUACCUCGAAAUGAGUACCUGAAAACAUUAUGUACUUUUACAUCCUUACUGAACCGUAAAGACAGUUUUGAUAUGAGUGAGAAGAACCUUGUUGCCCUCAAGCUUAUUUUGGACAUUUUAGAAACAAAUGUAAAUUUUAUUUUAGAGAGCUGGAGCGGUGUAAUGGAAGUGUUUUAUCAAGUGGAUAGAAUACUCUCUUCAUCCAUCAACAACGACAUAUUCAUUCAAAUUUCUGGAAUUGAUAACAUGGCAAUAUUGUUCACUCAACAUGUCGAUCAAGCUACCAUUGACAGAAUAUUCAGUAAUAACAAUGAAAAGAUGGAUGAAUUGUCUAUUGAACACUAUGUGAAGGCUCUUUGUUCUCUUCAAUGUAAAGGACAUGCAAAUGAGACUCAACGUCAUAUAUUUUGCCUUAACAAAAUUAUUGAAACAUGUUACCUUAACAUGUUCCGAAUGGAUAAGUUGUGGUGUAGAAUUUGGAAUGUCAUCAGUAACUUUUUUAUUGGUGUUGCAACACAUCAGGACACUACUCUUGCCAUGUAUGCUGUGGAUACUCUGCGUCAAUUGAUACUCAAACUCAUUGAAAUUGGUUCUCUCUCGGACUUUCAACAAGAGAUGCUUAGACCGUACACUGUCAUUGUGCAGCAAAGUAGUUCAGUAGAAAUUCAAGUGAUGGCCAUAGAAUGUAUAGUCACGUUAGCUUUAACAAAAACUUCUUUCAUUACAACAGGUUGCAAAUCAUGGAUUCAUAUAUUUUCGGUUGCUGCAACAAGCAAACAAAUGGAAAUAGUACAAGCUUCCUUUGACAGGCUGCUCUGCUUUUUCGACAAACACGAGAGCAGAUGUAAAUACCUGUUGUGGAUUCUCAAAAAUUCAUGCUUUGUAGAUUUGGUAUUUUGUUUGAAGGCCUUUGGUCAAAACAACAUUUCCGUCACGGAUACCUGUUUGAAGGCUAUUUCUCUCAUUCAAGACUGUGCCAAUACGCUUGCAACAAUGGAAAUGGCAGGCGAAGACGUGACAAAUUGGAUCCCAAUUUUAGCAUGUCUUUCAUCUCUGGUCAGUGCUGAUUAUAGGGAAGACAUUCGCUCUGCUGCAUUGAUGUCACUACAAUCCCUAUUACACGAUAAGGCCAUUAUUGGCAGGUUCUCAGUAGAGGCUUGGAAAUUGGUGUUGAAUGGGGCAUUACUACCAAUUUUUGACCAUCUUUCGAGUGGAAGCGAAGGUGUUCUUGACAAUGGUUGGAUUGAUUGUACGAGUAGAAAUGCCUUCAAAGUACUUGUCUCAGUGCUAGACCAAAAUUUCUCUUCAGACUUUUCUAUUGAUCUAUUUUCAUCCAUAUUGAGGUUAAUUAGGCAAUGCUACACAUCCAACUCCGUAGAACAUUCAAGCAACAGCAAAAUUUUUGAAGUUGGAACUGAAAACAUCCAAAUACUAUUAGCAACAUGUGGCGGAAAGUUUCAAGACCGUCAUUGGCAGCAGAUGCAACAUUUACUAGCAGAGAUUGUGUCAAAACAGAAUGGCCAAAACACGAAUCUCGUCGAGUCCCUUAUUCACAUAACCAAAGGAAUUGAUCGAAUACUCUCGUUUUUAUUUGAAAAUCAAUCAUAUGAAUAUAUUCCGUUGUUUGUGACAAUUUUGGAAGGUUUGGAAUACACUACAACAUCUAAUAACAAGAUUAAUGUUGAAACAGAAGUAUGGCUGACAUUAUUAAGAAUAUUUUCUCAAAUACUUUCAUUAUAUCAAGACAAUGCCGAGUCAGAAAUAGUAGGCUUUGGGGUCCACAGAUUUAUUCAAACUGUUAAACAAGUAUUAACGUUUUAUUUAGAACGAGAUCAAGGUAAUGACAAGAUGGAUAUAUAG